CAUGACUUAUUAGUUAUUCAUUUACGUUAGUACGGUCAAUAGGGUUUGCAGUCCACGAGUACCACGUGCAAAACUUGAGGAAAAAUUCUAAAUAGAAAAAUUUUUUCGUACGCAAGAUUUUGCAAACCGAUCGUAAUUUUUAAAGAUGUCAAAUCUAUUUGACGGCGAUUCCUUUUCCGACAAGGAUAAUAAAGAGAUCGAUCCCGAAUUAGCGGAGUUUUUGAUAGCUGAGAAACAAAAGGCACAAUUCAACGCUCAGAUUCAUGAGUUCAACAACAUUUGUUGGGAUAGAUGCAUCGAUAAGCCAGGAAACAAAUUGGAUGGCCGCACAGAAACAUGUAUAAAUAAUUGCGUUGAUAGAUUUAUAGAUGUUACCCUCUUUAUUACAAAUCGUUUCGCACAACUAUUAAACUCGGUAGCAAAGUAACAUUUGCAUGUCGGAGUAUACUAUACAUAUACAUACAUACAUACAUACAUACAUAUAUAUAUGUGUGUGUGUGUGUGUGUGUGUGCAUGUAAAACGAACCAAUAGUAAUAUAAGAUUUAUAAUCAUAAAUGUUAAAUUUAAUAUCACAUUUUUAAUUUAAUUAUUUGAAAAUGUAUAAUAAAGUUAUAUAUUAUGACAACAAAAUAAAGUACAUUUUUUAAUAUAAUAGACCCAAUAAAAUAUCCACUUUUAUUAUGUAAGAAUUAUAUAUCUUAAUAAAUUUAUUUUUAUAUUUAGAGAUAAAAGUACAUAUAUGUAUUCAUUGUUUUUAUUCCACUGUUAAAUGUAUUGCACAAAUAAAAGAAAAUGUUACAAAUUGCAGUGGAGCAAUACCUACAUUGCAAAAAUUAGUCUAUACAUAUGUGCAUAAUGUAAUGUGAAUGUAGAGAAU